CGGGCUCAGCGCGGCGGCGGCGGCUGCGCCUGCCCACCGCGAGAGGACGGGCGGGCGGCGGCGGCGGUGUGAGGCGGAGGCGGGGGCCGCGAGCGGGCACUGGAAGCGGCUCGGGGACGCCGGAGCAGCUGGGCACCGCCUGGCGCGGCGCUCCCUCCCUCCCGCCGUCCCACCGGCGGGGCUGAACCGCGGGCCCGCCGCAGAGGAGUGCGGGGCUCGGCGGCCCCUCCCGCCGGCCGUCGGUAGCGACCGACCCGCCGCGCCCCAGGACGAUGCCCGCCCGCUCGCCGCAGGAGAAGGCGUGACGGCGAGCAGCGGACCCGCCGCCGCGGGAAGGAGGAGCGGCGCCCCGCGUCUCCGCAAGCGGGGGUGGGCGGGCGGGCGGAUCGGGGGAGCGCGGCCCCCGGUGCCCGCGGGGACGCGCGGCCGCAGCCCGCCGCUCGCCGCCGCACGCCGGGAUCCUGAUGCCAGCGCCGGAGCAGCGGCUCGCUCUGCCUCCUCGGGAAGAUGCCUCGGUGGCCGCCGCGCUGCCGGCGGGGGUGCUAGGGGGAGCGGCGGCGUGGAGCUCUGCGCGCACCGCCAGCCCCAUCCCGCUCCGCCUCUGAGGCGCGCGGAGCCCUCGGCGGCCGCGCAGCUCCCGGCCAGAAGCGCCGCAGCCGGCCCGGCGCGGAGAAGGCGAGAGCCGCCCCGUCUGCCCGCAGCAGGGGACCCGCCAGCCCCCGGAGCCGCCGCCGCCCGCCGGGGCCCGGAGCCGCUGCCUGCGGGCGCCUAGCGCGGCCGGCGGCCAUGGGAGCCCGGCCCGCGGGGGGCGCUGCCUAGGGCGCGGGCGGCCCCGCUCGGCCCGGCGGCUGCGAGCCGGCGGCGCGGCCCCCCGGGCCUGCGCGGCACAGCACGGCGAGCCCAGCGCAGCGGCCCGCCGCCACGGGGCUGCGGAGCUGCCGGCGCGGCGAGGCGCGGCGCGGCGAGGAGCGCCCCGGGGACGCGGCCCGCGCGGCACCGCCGGUGCCCGGCGCCGCCGGCCGCCAUGGGGGAACAACCCAUCUUCAGCACCCGAGCUCAUGUCUUCCAGAUUGACCCAAACACUAAGAAGAACUGGGUUCCCACCAGCAAGCAUGCUGUUACUGUGUCCUACUUCUAUGACAGCACAAGAAAUGUCUACAGGAUAAUCAGUUUGGAUGGCUCAAAGGCAAUAAUAAAUAGCACUAUCACCCCCAACAUGACGUUUACUAAAACAUCCCAGAAGUUUGGCCAGUGGGCAGACAGCAGGGCGAAUACAGUCUAUGGCUUGGGAUUUUCAUCUGAACAUCAUCUUUCAAAAUUUGCGGACAAAUUUCAGGAAUUCAAAGAAGCUGCACGACUGGCAAAGGAAAAAUCCCAAGAAAAGAUGGAGUUAACAAGUACGCCCUCGCAAGAAUCAGCUGGAGGGGAUAUUCAGUCUCCUUUAACUCCAGAAAGUAUUAAUGGAACAGAUGAUGAGAGAGCAACGCCAGAAGUGACACAGAACUCAGAACCAAGGGCUGAACCAACCCAGAACGCAUUGCCAUUUACGCAUAGUUCGACAAUCAGCAAGCAUUGGGAGGCAGAACUGGCCACACUCAAGGGUAAUAAUGCUAAGCUCACAGCAGCCCUGCUGGAGUCCACUGCCAAUGUAAAACAAUGGAAACAACAGCUUGCUGCGUAUCAGGAGGAAGCAGAACGUCUUCAUAAGCGGGUGACUGAGCUAGAGUGUGUGAGCAGUCAAGCCAAUGCAGUCCACACACACAAAACAGAAUUAAACCAGACAAUACAGGAAUUAGAAUCUACACUGAAGAAAAAGGAAGAGGAAAUAGAAAGAUUGAAACAAGAAAUUGACAAUGCCAGAGAGCUCCAGGCACAGAGGGAUUCUUUGACCCAGAAGUUACAGGAAGUAGAAAUUCGAAACAAAGACCUGGAAGGACAGCUGUCUGAUCUAGAGCAACGUCUGGAGAAAAGUCAGAAUGAGCAAGAAGCUUUUCGCAAUAACUUGAAGACACUUUUAGAAAUUCUUGAUGGAAAAAUAUUUGAACUAACAGAAUUACGAGAUAACUUGGCCAAGCUAAUAGAAUGCAGCUAAAGAAAAUGGGAUUUCAGUGCCAAUCAGCUUAAAGAUGCACUGUCUCUCUUCAUAGGACUGUGUUGGGCUCUGCAUCAAAGUUGCACAAAAUUAGAAAAUGCUCCUCUAAGAGGGCUUGUUUUAAAUUUGAGUCAUAUUUGAGUGUAAAAUUUAGAACUCAACUUGUAGCUAGUUGAAGAAAAAAACAACAACAAAAAAACUUGAAUUACAAAUUACCUCCGUGUACAUUAUUGGCCAUAGAUAACUUGAAAGAUAUUAACAGUAAUUGAAUGCAAUCCUUUUCUAAUUACUAGUGAUGGAAGAAUUAGCAGUGUCCCAGGUCACAUCCCCUUUUUGUUUUACACAGAGUAGAGGUUAUCUGCUGUUUUAUUUAUUUAAGAUAUUUAAUUGCUGUGUUUUGUGCAAAAACUUAGUGAUGACAGCCCUGUAUUUUGUUAUAAUCUUAAUAAUUUCUCAGGAUACUUUGCACUGUUGAGAAGCAGUGCCAUUACCAAUUUAUUCUUGCCAGGAGUGAGAGAGUUGCAUCUUUAAUUGAAACAGAGUUACUAUACCUGCUUGUAUAAAGUUCUUCCUUUGGGUUUUUUUUGUUGGUUGGUUGGUUGUUUUUUUGGUUUAUAUAUAUAUACAUAUAUAUAUACACACACAUACAUGUAUAUAUAUUAUAUAUUAUAUAUACAUGUAUGUAUAUAUAUACUGGAAGAUACCGUAUUUCUUUAUGAAGUUUACUCUGGUGUUCUACAAUAUUGUCCAGUGUAAGGUUUACUUUUUCAUAUGAAUUCCAUGUAAUUACAGUGAGAUACUAUCUUCCACUUUACUAUAUAUUUUGAAGCCAACCAAUGAUGGCAGGUGAGUUCCCCAAGAAAAAAGAAAAAGAAUUUUUAAUGUAAAAUCUGACUUGCACAGAUAAAAAGAAACUGCCAGUGAUUUAUUUUCUGGCAUUAUUAAAUAUCAAAUAUACAUGUUCAAUUAACUGUUAACCUGUUUUGCAGGAGACUUUUUCAUUAUGUCACAUGAAUUUCAGGUUUUGCAGAUAAUGGCUUAUGGGGAGCACUGUUUAUAAUAGACAUCAUUAAGGGCAUAGAGCUUUUGCAAGGGAUUACUUGUAUACUGAAUUUGUCCAGCCGAGAAAGCUGUUUCUAGAAGUUUUGUUGUCACAGCAAAUUGAAAUGGAGACACGUUUACUCUUUUAUGGGUCUUCAUAUCACAUCUUUAUUGAAACUACACCAGGCAAUAUUUUGAACUGUUAACUAAAUGUUUAAAAACAGGAAAUUGAAUUCAAUUAUCCUCAGUGAGCAGGUUUUAAAGUUGUUUUGAUGUAAUUUUAACAGACUUUUGGCAAACACGCAUUUCUUUAUAUACUAGAUUUAUUUAAAAAAAAAGAACUCUUUGAAAGGUAAGCCAAGUGUCAUGUGUCUCGCAUCAAAGUACAUUCUUGCCAUAAAUUGCUUGUAAUGUUGAAGAGGGCUUUUUAAAAAUGUAUGAAUGAGUGUCAGACUUCAGAGUCGAAAGAUGCACUGACCUUUAUUUGCUCCCCAAAUUAAUUUGAAUGUUAAACAUGAAAUCUAGCUGCUUAUUAAAUUUGUAUAAUACAAUUUUCUCCCUUUAGAGACUGCUAUUCAGAACUAGAAAAGAUAGAUUUGUUUUCAUGUGUGUACUGUAUGUAUAUACCAUAUAAUACACACAGGUUCUUGUUUAUAUUAGAAAUACGUGCUUUAUUUCUAAAAUACAUUUUUUUUUCUUUAUCAGUGAUUUAUCAGGUGUCUCCUGACUAGUCAGGAAAAUGGUUUAGGUCAAAUGCUAAACCAUCAUGUAUUAUACUGUAUGAAAUGUACACAAUGUUUAAGUUUUCUCCAUAUUUUUAGGGUAUUUUCUCACCUAUUUUAUUUAUUGAAGGGGUGGGGGGAGCUUGGUUCAGCGUGCUACUGGUUGAAAACUUCACGGUGAGCUACUGGUUUUUCAUUUGGUGGAUUUUAGAUGGUGAUGUGUAUAGCUUUAUCAGAUCCAGGUGAGAAGAUGCCACCAGGUUUUAAUUUACCUGAGGAUAUUUGGGCCUGAUUCUUCUGUCACUUGCACUGCUGUAAACCAGAUGUAUCCCUAGUGAUGUCAAUAACGUUCAGUUGUUAUCACAUUUGUGAAAGUGUACGGAGAAUCUGGCCAACUAGUGCUCAGUGGACAUAAUUAGGAGGAAGAAAGAAUAAAAACAAUAGAAAGUUGAUGCUGGAAUAAAUGUAAUAUUAUUUUUAAUGAUAUUAUUAUUGACAUUUUUAAAGAUAUGAUGUCAUUUACAUGUGGGAGAAGAGUGGACAAAAAUAUUUCCACUUAAAUUUUGUGUAUAUGUGUGGUACAUGAGUAUUUCUAUGUAUACGUACACACACAUAUGUAUAUAUAGAACAUGGAAAAAUUUAGAUGUGCACAUUUUUAAUAUUUUCCUAUUGAAAUUAAAUUUAAAAUUGGAAAUUGAUACUUGAGAAUUUCUUUUCUCAUACAGUAGAUAUGCUUCAUUACACUUUUUUAAAUAAUAUGAUUACUGAGGGCUGCACCUUUGAAUUCCCAAAUAGUCAUCAAACAUAUAUAUGGGAUAAGGUGGACAUACGUGCACAUAUAAAUAACAUCCUGUUAUUGAGAGUACUUUAGAUGUUCAUUUACAGUAGGUGAGUGUUUAGAAAAUUUAAUCUAAAGUUCAUAUUUAGGUGGCUAUACCUACUGUAGCCCCUCCACUUUUGUUUUAAGAUAAUAAUUUGCCUAUUUGAAACAUGACUUUUCCCAGAGACAGGUAUUAUGCAUUUUAUUUAUCUUUAGAUGAACAUAUAUAUACCAGAAAAGUUUCGAGUACUAUAGCCUGAAAAUGCCUACAUGAAUUUGCUCAGGAGAGGAGAGCAAUCACAUUGUGCAUAACUUGUUAUAUGGCAAGUAUGGAGUCUUGUAGAAAAAGAAGGCAAAAGAAUUACAAAAAAAACCUAACAAAAAUACCUAAGGAAAAGAAAAAAACAAAAAUUUUAUUUUGAAAUACACUUGCUGUUCUCUGGAGAAUGUACUUUUUAUUUUUUUCUAAACUCUUUUCCAAGUAUGUGCAAGUGAUAGCAGCAGCUACCUUAAUCUUUCAGGUGCUACUGGAUUUUGCAUUAGCAUGUUAUGUUGUGAAAUCCUGACUUUGACAUAAAAGAUUUUUGUAAGUAUAUCCCCAUCUGGAUAGGUAGUUUUUGGAGUGUCUUGUUCAUAAUCCAUAUGCCUCAAUGAUCCAGAAACUGCAUUUUUCUAUGUGUACAAAUUAAAACGUGUGAACUGAUCUGUCUGUUACAGACUGAGAAUUCCUUUUCCUGGCUAAUAUCCAGGAAAGAGGAGAAAAAAUGAUAAUGCAGAAAUCAUUGUUACAAGGUCUUUAAGAAGAAACGUUUUCAGGUAAAAUAUAAAUAAAUAAAGGGCUAAACCAGAUGCAACACAAAUAAGUAUUGCUUAAUGCUAUUGGUGGCAUUCCCAGGAUAAUUCUUUUAAAGAAAACCCUGUGAGAAUGAACAAUGUGUCAAUUAAAGAUGAAUAUUUUGAGGUGUUCCUUUUCA